UGGGCUGCGGUGGGGGAGGGUCCUGGCCCCCGGCUCCGCCCGGUCCCUCCCCGCCUUUUAGGCGCCCGCGCGGCUGGGACAUCCCAGUCCCGGUUGGUCCUCCUCGCCCGCCACCCGUGCGACCAUUCGCGCAGCCAGCCCAGUCAGCCCGGUCCACCACACAGCCCGCCGGCCGGCCGGUCUCCCACCGCAACCAUGGACGCCAUCAAGAAGAAGAUGCAGAUGCUAAAGCUGGACAAGGAGAAUGCCAUCGACCGCGCUGAGCAGGCCGAGGCCGACAAGAAGCAAGCUGAGGACCGCUGCAAGCAGCUGGAGGAGGAGCAGCAGGCCCUCCAGAAGAAGCUGAAAGGGACGGAGGACGAGGUGGAAAAGUAUUCUGAAUCAGUGAAGGAUGCCCAGGAGAAACUGGAGCAGGCUGAGAAGAAAGCCACCGAUGCUGAGGCAGAUGUGGCCUCCCUGAACCGCCGCAUUCAGCUGGUAGAGGAGGAGUUGGACCGGGCGCAGGAGCGCCUGGCUACAGCCCUGCAAAAGCUGGAGGAGGCUGAGAAGGCAGCUGAUGAGAGUGAGAGAGGAAUGAAGGUCAUCGAAAACCGAGCUAUGAAGGAUGAGGAAAAGAUGGAGCUGCAGGAGAUGCAGCUGAAGGAGGCCAAGCACAUCGCUGAAGAUUCAGACCGCAAAUAUGAGGAGGUGGCCAGGAAGCUAGUGAUCCUGGAAGGAGAGCUGGAGCGCUCAGAAGAGAGAGCUGAGGUGGCUGAGAGCCGAGCCAGGCAGCUGGAGGAGGAACUGCGAACCAUGGACCAGGCCCUCAAGUCCCUGACGGCCUCAGAGGAGGAGUAUUCCAGCAAAGAAGAUAAAUAUGAAGAGGAGAUCAAAGUGCUGGAGGAGAAGCUAAAGGAGGCUGAGACCCGAGCGGAGUUUGCCGAAAGGUCGGUGGCAAAGUUGGAGAAAACCAUUGACGACCUGGAAGACGAAGUCUAUGCACAGAAGAUGAAGUACAAGGCCAUCAGCGAGGAGCUGGACAACGCACUCAACGACAUCACCUCCCUCUGAGCCUCUCACCAGUGUGGCCCGUGGCCCCUUCUCUCUUCUCCUUUCCAUUCUCUGUAUGGGGAGGGGGGCAAGCAGGAGGAGCAGAAAUUGCCAACAUUGCACAGCCAGGCUGGACGCAGCCUAGGAGAGCCCCCGUCACAGCUGCUGCCCACCCUGGCAUUUGCUUCAUCCUUCUAUAUCCAUCCACUCCUUCCUCUACCCGCCAGCCUCUCCCGCUCUCUGCUGCUUAAUAAACUCAACUUGGUCUCCA